UUGAAAAACCUAGAGUGGUAGUGGUGGUCAAACGACAUCUGUUACAUAAAUAGAAACUGAUGAUACAUUGCAAUUUUUAAUGAUCUUAUUUUUGUGUGGUAAACGAACCACUGGAGGAUCAUGCGCCAUUUUAUUUUAUUGGUUGUGAUAUUCUUCAAUGUCGACUUUAACGAGGGUUUAAGCACGUUGAGGAACGAUAAGCGCAAAAUAAAGGAAGAGACGAAGGACUUAGACAUUGCCGUCGUCUAUCCGAUCAAUGGCACCGGCGGAUGGUUGGGUGGACAAGGUUGCCAACCGGCGGCAGAAAUGGCUCUUAUUGACGUCAACAACGAGCCUAACCUCUUGUCUGGAUACAGACUAUGGAUACACUCGAGGGAUAGCGAGUGCAAUCCAGGACUUGGUGCAAACGCCCUCUAUGAUCUUCUUUACAACUUACCCAUUAAACCGAUAUUACUGUGCGGCUGUAGUAUCGUCUGUUCUACUGUGGCUGAAGCUGCAAAAAUGUGGAAUUUGGUAGUGGUAUCUUACGGAUCCAGUUCUCCAGCUCUCUCGAAUCGGAAACGUUUCCCUACAUUCUUCCGUACUCAUCCCUCAGCCACCAUUCAUAACCCGACUAGAAUUAGAUUGUUUGAAAAGUUCAGCUGGUCUCGAAUUGCUAUAAUUCAGGAAGCAGAGGAAGUGUUUAUGUCAACUGGCGAAGAUCUAGAAGAACGGUGUAAGAUGGCUGGAAUCGAGAUUGUAACAAGACAGAGCUUCCUUACUGAUCCAACAGAUGCUGUCAGAAACCUAGUGAGGCAGGAUGCACGAAUAAUUGUUGGAAUGUUUUAUGGAGCUGCCGCUAGGAGAGUUCUGUGUGAGGCUUACAAACAAAAAGUUUACGGGAAGCAGUACGUCUGGUUUCUUAUUGGUUGGUAUGAAGACGACUGGUACACCAUUCAGGAACGUGGAUACAACUGUAGCGUCGAACAGAUGAAAGAAGCUUUGGAAGGCCAUUUUACCACAGAAGCAUUGAUGUUGAACCAGGGCAGUGAACGUACUAUUUCUGGAAUGACAUCAAAAGAUUUCCUUAGUCGCUACAAAGAAGCUUUAGUGGAGUUCGGUUACAUUGAUCGAUUACCAGAGGGACACCAGGAGGCGCCACUAGCGUAUGAUGCAGUGUGGGCUGUAGCUCUAGCCUUAAACAAAACUAUAAAGAGAUUGUCUGAAAUGGGCAUGUCAUUAGAUGAUUUUACAUAUGAAAAUUCAAAAAUCGCCCAAGAAAUUUAUUCAGCCAUGAACUCGACUCAAUUCCUGGGCGUUUCGGGCAGUGUUGCAUUUUCUUCUAAGGGAGAUCGUAUUGCUCUAACACAAGUCGAACAAAUGAUAGAUGGUCAGUACAACCUACUGGGCUUCUAUGACACCCAAAUGGACAACCUGACCUGGUUUAAGAGAGAACAGUGGAAAGAUGGCCGGCCGCCUCCUGACCGGACGAUUAUCAAACAUACCCUACGAACAGUGUCCUCGAGCUUAUUCAUCAGCAUGUGUGUUAUUUCGUUCAUCGGAAUUAUCUGGGCCAUUGGGCUGCUAUUUUUUAACUGGGCUUUCCACAUGUCAAGAUAUAUUCAGCUGUCGCACCCAAUGUGUAACAACAUUAUGUUAGUCGGAAUUAUCAUCUGUUUGUUAUGUGUUUGUCUUCUGGGUCUGGAUGGAAAGUUUAUCAGUCCUGGUGGUUACGGGCAUUUGUGUGAGGCAAGAGCUUGGUUGUUGAGUAUAGGUUUUACCUUGUCCUACGGAGCCAUGUUUUCCAAGAUUUGGCGAGUUCAUCGGCUUACAACCAAAUCAACCAACGACAGCAAAGUAAACACGAAAGUAGAAAGCUGGAAGCUGUAUGCCUUGGUGGGAUUUCUUCUUUUUUUGGAUAUCUUGAUUCUCACAGUGUGGCAGGCCACAGAUCCUCCUAGGAGAAAACUUGAGCUCUUUCCCUUAGAAAAUCCAGAGAUUUUGGACGAGGACAUCAAGAUACAACCAGAAUUGGAACACUGCGAGUCUGAAAACAACGCUAUCUGGCUUGGACUUAUGUACGGGUAUAAAGGCCUACUACUUAUCUUUGGCAUCUUUCUCGCCUACGAAACUCGAAGUGUGAAGAUCAAACAACUGAAUGACUCAAGGCUGGUGGGAAUGAGCAUUUAUAACGUCGUGGUUCUUUGUCUUAUUACUGCUCCUGUCACCCUAGUUAUUAGCAGUCAACAAGACGCAACAUUUGCUUUCGUGGCUUUAGCAAUUAUUUUCUGCAGCUUCCUAUCGAUGGCUCUUGUUUUUGUUCCUAAAAUUAUUGAGCUCGUCAGACGACCAAAGGAACGAUCCGACGCCAGAAACCUCACUGACACAAUCACCAGCAAAGAAGAAGAAGAGCGACACCAGCGUCUGUUAGUUGAGAAUGAAGAACUGAAGCGACAAAUAUCGGAAAAAGAAGAACAAAUCAAACUACUGAAUCAAGCUCUGCAAGAGAAGAAUGCUUUGCGAUCCAUUCACGGAACGGCCUCUAUCGGCGAGAGAGUGCGAAUUACCUUACCGGUUCAAUAUGGUGAUGGCGUGAUGCUCUCGCCAAGAGAGAAGAUUACUAUUGAUCCCGUAUCUGAUUCUGGUUACGUCACGGGUACUACGUGCUCUAUGGUGCGUGGAUCUAGAGCUUCGCACUCGGACUUUGAGUUCUCAGAGUCUUACCUGUGAUCUCUGACUACACUGCUCUGAAGUUAAUUUGGUUAAAACAAAAUUUUGGGAUUACAUGUGUUGAAUACAUUGAUUGGUCCAGGUUACUGUUUUCUGUUAAGAUUUUUGAAAACUAAAAGUGGCUUUGGUUAAAAUGUUACUUUUGUUAUAGAUCAUAACAUGAUCUAUUGUUAUAGAUCAUAACAUGGUCUAGGGGAGACGGAGCUAACUGUUGAUUGUUUGUUUUUCUUUAAAAUUAUAUAAAACACCCAAUAAAUGAUAAUUUUGAUGGUUUUCAAUAAUUAUUUGUGUUAAUGAAUUUGGAAUUUUACUAAAGUUUAUAAUCAAUAUUUUCAAAAACAAUGUCUUUCAGAAAGUGUUUUCUAUACAUAAUUCGCGGUAUAAGGUAAUAUCCAAACUAGGAGGUAAAAAGACUUUGAGGAUUAUGUUAAUUGGGUGAAGUUAUGGUACGAGGUUUAUGUUUAAUAGGUUCAAUCAUGGUACGAAGGUUACGAUUAGUGAGUUAAGUCAUGGUAUUUCUUUUUUAAACAUCGUGUAAGUUGUUUAUGGUGUGCCAUGAAUCAAUCAUAGGUUUCUCACUGUCAUGUUUAACUUGAUUAACGGCGCGAGGCCAUAAUUUAAGUGCUUUAGUUUAUUUUAACUAAAAGAUGGUGAAAGAGAGAACUUGAACCUUUACCAAUAAGAAUAUUUUUUUUCGAACGCUUCACCCCAUUCUUCUAGUUAAAAAAAGAGGAGGACAGUACUUAAAUCUCGCCUGUCAGGGUCUUAAUUUUUUUACGAGUGAGAGAACACUUGAAUGCUUUUUUUUUAGAAUGAUUCACUGCCCCUUUGAUAUUGUUUUAUUUUGUUCUAAUGGAGACAAAAAUACAAUUUUGCUAUGGUGUGCUAGUAAGUGCAUUUACAGAUAAUCAGUUAUAGACAGUUGGUCUGUCAUGUUUAUAGAUGUAUGACUUAUCAUUAAAUAGAACACAUUUUCUUUGUCAUAGCUGGAAUAAUAUUUCAUGACUCCGAAGGAAAAUAAAAUAGUGAUGCCAUCAGUCUUGAAAUAAAUUAUUUAACUGUUGUAAUUUAAACAGUGUUUUCGUCGUACAAUUUAUGUCUUGCUGUGUCGCAUUACCAAUUUAUUGGAUUUGUUUUUUAGGCUCUGUAGUCGGUAUUGUAAAGUGAGUUUAAUGUGGUGAAGAUGCGGGAUUUGUUACAAAUGAAUAUAUAUAUAUGUAUUAAUGCAGGCUUUAUUUUUGCUGGAUGUCUCCGGAUCUCAGAUCCGAAACAUAAUUUGGAUUUAUUUUUUAAAGAUGGAAAUACCAUAAUUUUAAGUCAGUCUAGGUUGCAUUGCGGGUUGAUAUUUGACUGGCGUAGUCAACUACAUUACUUUACUCCAGCCUCAUUCCAAGUGGUAAUAGCCCCAUUAACGUUUAGAUUAUCUUCCAGAUUCCCUUCCCACCCGUCAACAGGGAUGUGUUACAUUUGUUUUCUCUUAGAAAUCGAGCACUUUGUGUUUCUGUAUGUUCAAAUAUUGUUUCUCAGAACGAUAGAUGUAACAUUGUUUUGAAAGUUUUUAAGAAUGUUUGCGGAAGAUUAAUGUUUAAAUUUUUUUCGCUCUACGUAUAAUUUUAAAUAUUUGGCGUAUACGUAAUGUGUAACGAUAGCAUUGUAUCUGGAACUCUGCAUUAUCUUCCUAUAAACGUCGUCCGAGAUUUGUAAUAUUACAAUUUUGCUGACAAGUAAGGUUUUGAGGAAGCAAGCUAAAAAUCAUUCAUUAACGUAGCCAGAAAUCUGUGUCAGUAGAUUUUGUGUCAUAGAAUUGUUUUUAUCGUAAGAGCAAGCAAAUAUAUCGCUAACACUAUACCAAGUUGUUUCUAGCACACCUUGUGUAUUCGUUGUUAUUUUAUUACGCCUCCGCAGCUUUGAUACGAACAUAUUAUGUAACAUUUGGAGUAUGAAAAAUAGAAAUGAUUAAAGGCAUGUGAUUAUCAAACUUUUUUUUUUUUACGAAAGUUUAGAAACAAAAAAUACAUUUCAAGGAUGUCUUAGAUAACAUGGCUAAACGCACAUUUUGGAUUUUACGGAUGAAACACUAAAAGGUGUAUUUGUUAGCCGGUUUCAUCCCUCAUUUUUCCACACAUAGAAAGUGUACUUGAAAAAAUUAAAGAUAAUAUAUAUAUAAAAGAAUAAGGAACGCAACAUUUGCCGAGUGGUGUUCCAUAGUUGGUUUUCCAGAAAAGUCAAGAGAGGCUGUAAUAAUAAUAAAAAAGGCUUAAAACUCACUACAGAAUUUUCAGUAGAACUCGUUUCAGGAAGCUAUACGGUUUUAAAAUAGUACUUUGAUGUAAUUAAGUAAUUGAAUGUGAUCAGGUGUAUGUCUUAGAAUAUUUUUAUUAGUGAAUUUAGCAAGAAGAUGCUCACUCUCCUCUACAGAAGUAAAUGGUGUACAACGGAAUACAAACAAGUUUCAUUACAUAUCAGAUGGUUGCCAACGUUGUUGAACCUUUCUAGUUAUCCGUUAGGGAUUAGCCAAACAUUACACGAGUAUGCCUUUUCGAGGAAAAAAAAAUAAUAAAAAACACGUUUUCAAAGACACAUGUUUAGUUGGAAAAUUAAUGUUAGUGUUUCAUCUUUACGACACAGAUUUAAAGAUUGAAAGUACUCAUUAUGUUACAGGGCUAUUAAAAUCCAGAGCUUCGAAUCGACUAAAUUAGUGUUAAAGAUAAAUCACAUUUGUCACGACGGGCUGUUGUUCACUUUAAUGUGAAAGUAAUUUUCUGUCUUCGAAGUCCGACUUCUUCCUCUGUAUUGUCGAUGUAGAAAGUCUGAGGUAAUACAAAUUAUAAACUCGAUAGCUUUACUCAAAAAAUUGACAAUUUUGGGUCCGAAAUAUUUUCUAAUCUUUAAUUAAAUGAUUAAAAGUCAUUGUUGUGUUCUAAACGUAUCAUGUUACUAUAAGUUUAUAUAUGCCUCUAUAUUGUUUAAAUGUGCAUUAAACAUUUAUGAAUGAAUAGUUUCG